GACACCGGUAUGUGAAGCGUGCGUCUCAUUUGAAACUAAACUGGAAAUAAAGAUGAGAUUUUUAACCACACGACCAUGACACGUGUAGGUUUAACUUUAAGACUUUUAUAGCUGAAUAUUCCUGAUGAUGGUGGUUGUUUAGGUUUAUGUUUGUAGCAAGACUGAAGAGCUGUUAUUUCUGUAAGAACAAAGUGUACUCUGGACUCAGCCAUGGAAUCUGUGCUGAAAUUAACAAAUCAAAGUCAAGGAAGAGAUCGCAUUUUUCGGACGACCCAAUAUGCAUGCGCCUUCAGCUCAUAUCUGCUCAGAAACCAUCCAGACAGAAAGGAGCUGGUGGGGAAACUGAAAAGUCUGGAGAGCAACAUGAGUGCUGGACGAAAGUUGUUCAGAUUGGGGAACACACUGAACUCCAUUGACGCUGCUAAACGGACCGUGCACAUUACUGACCCGGUGCUCCGUGUCUCACUCACUGCAGCUAACCUCGGCCGGGCUUUGUACUUCAUAUGUGACAACUUACUCUGGCUCCGAAACGUGGGGCUCGUCCGUGAUAUUGACAAGGAGCGCUGGAGCCUGCACGCGUCACGUUGCUACCUCCUCUCUCUGAUUAUGAACCUUAUCAGAGAUUCUUAUGUAAUUGGUCAGUUAAUGGUCCAAAGAGCCAGAGAUAAGGAGUUUCAAAGGAAGAUGGACGCACAUCUCCGAGAAAGCACUGAAGUAGCAGAGGCUGUGGUACCUCAGUUAGAUGCACUGCUUUUUCUUCUUCUCCACAUAAUUAAAUCACAUCCUGCCGUGGCCCUGGAUACAUUCAAAAAUAUAUGUGAUCUAUUUAUUCCACUGGAUAAAUUGGGGAUUUACCAGUCUAACGCAGGGGUUGUGGGGUUCUGUGGUCUGCUAUCUUCCAUAAUUGGAAUUGUGACAUUGGUGCGACCAAAUUUGAAAAUUAAACCAUGAACAAACCUAUUAAAUUAUCAGGCACUGUUAAAAUAUAAGACUUAAAUGUAGUUUUAUUCAUUGGUCCUGCUAAAAAGUGAAAGUAGGCAAGAUUCACCUAAAGUGCCUUUAAGUCAACAACCUCAACUAACCUCACGGUGCUACAGCAGGGCUACGUUUCACCUGGGGAUACUUCAUAUUUAUUUGACAAAGAGGGCACAGUGCAAUCGUAGUUGCACAAUAGUUUGACUGUUUAACACUGUGUGACACUAAAACUGGUAUAAACUGAGACAUUACUGACUAGUUAACGUGCUGCUUUGACUGUUUGCGAUUUAACAGUAUUGUGAUUUUUGUAUUGUAAGACUUCCUUGAAAAAUUAAAUUCCAUGGACCAUGAUCUGUCGGGAAAAAAAUGAAAAUGCAAAGCCAGUCUUAAUCUUAAAAAAGUGCACAAGUUGAAGGGAAUCUAACUUAUUUUGUAACAUGUUCACGAUGAAUGGAGCGGUGUAACAGUUUUAUGACACUGAGAUGGAAACGGGAACAUUGUCAUUUUCUAAUAAUUGUACUUUUUGUAUACAUUUUUAAUAAACACAAAGUGAAUUAAUGUCUCU